UUUAAUCAUUUAAUGUAUGUAAUGGAGUAUAAUUGAUUGGUGUCAAGUGAUCAUGAUCCGCAGCCACGGCUGGGCGGAGCGGCUGAUUGGUGCUGCGAUUGCCUCAGCUGGUUAAAAGAGUCCUGCUGAUGAUACUCUGUGUUCUAGUUUGGUUGUGAAGCCACACGGUUUUUUGACCGCUGCAUUGCACUGCAGAGAAGGAUAACUUGGAAAUAAAUAUACCAAAAGAAAGGUGACUCUGAGUGAUGUGUGAGCGCGUGGGCCAGGCGCUAAAACCAAAGAACAAAAGGAGCUUAAGAAAGGUGGAAAGAAGGCUCUUUUAUUCGUCAAAAAACCCAGCUUGAUGAGCGCUGGUCCGUGGAAACGUAUGUUUUGAAAACAAGAACUCAUAACAGCGUGUCAAAUACUCGCCUUCGUUUUACUACGGAUUCUACUUCCUAGAACGACGGUGUUGUGAAACUUGAAUGACUGAAGGCAACAAUCACUCCUCCCCCAACUACAUCUGUAACGCGUCACUGCUGUGGAGCGUUCAAAGACUGUUGGAAACGUCUCAACUCAAGGCAAGACAAUGAAAGUCCACAAACAAUGAAGUAAAAUUCAAAAGGAAUAAACGUGUUGUCUUGAACAAAAAUGGCAGACUUGGAAAGUUUGGAAAGUGACAUUGACUGUGUGUAUAUGGAAAGGCUCAAACGACUGAAAUCAUCAAGGAGUGCAAAAUUGGGUGCAUUGACAAGGAAAAUAAAUGAAAUCAGACAAUUAAUGGAAAAUGUCUGCAAUGUGGAACUGGUUAAGUCGAAAAGGGAAAGUGAGUUUACACAACUACACAAAGAAAUGGAACAGUUAAAUGAUUCUGUUCAAGCUUUAAUGUCCACUGAGGAGGAGAAAGAAAUGGAUCAGGAUGAAUGGUAUAACCCCAAAGCAGCUGCCUUGGAAGAGUUUAAUCAGGAGGUCUUAAACUGGAUCGCUGAUGCUCCUGUGUCCAAUGUUGUCCAGACAAAAAUAAAAGGACAUACGAGUGUUGCACCUCGGGACAGUAUUUCAAACGUAAAGAGUGUUCAUUCACAAAGUUCAAGGAGAUCCUCUCGGUCUUCUAUCACAUCUGCUAAAAUAAAGUUGGAAAAUAGAAAUGCAGAAUUGUUAGCACGAGCUGCUAGGCUGACUCAGAAGCAAGCACUGGAAAGGGAGGAAGCCGGUUUGAAGGAAAGAAAGGAACAGCUGGAACUUGAAACAGAUAUUGCAGCAAACACUGCAAAAUUAAAGGUAAUCAAAAGAAUGGAGGAUUGUCAUGCAGGCACGUACCAAGCAGGAGACAGAAUGAAUGAAUAUUUGGAUCACUCACUGUUUGUGAGUACAGCAUUAGAGCAAGAAAAUGCUCAUUUGAAUGCUAACAAGCAUACACCAAACAUCAAUAAAACUGCAAAUGCCGUUAAUAGUGAAACACAAUUCAUACCACAACGUCCUGAAAGUUCAACUUCAUCCAGCACGUCUUCUAGCAAGGGAGAGGGCAAUAUGAACGGCUUAAUAAGCAUCAUGGAAAAACAGACCAUAAUAACAGAAACAAUGGUAAAGCAGCAGAAACUUUCUUCAUUACCCCCGCUCAGCAUUCCCACCUUCAACGGAAACCCUUUGGACUAUCGGUCCUUCAUAAGAGCAUUUGAGCAUGGUAUUGAAGAGAAAACAGAAAUCAGUAAGGACAGGCUUUACUUCUUGGAGCAAUGCACUAUUAGCCAACCAAGACAGCUUGUGCGCAGUUGCCAAUAUAUGCAAUCUGACAAAGGAUACAUGGAAGCAAAAAGGUUGUUGAAGCAUCAUUAUGGAGAUGAAUAUCUUAUCGCGACAGCCUACAUCGACAAGGCUCUCAAUUGGCCAUCUAUUAAACCUGAGGAUCCACAAGCUUUAAAAACCUUUGCUGUGUUUCUGAAUGGAUGUCUCAAUACAAUGGAUAGUGUGGAAUACAUGGAGGAAAUGGAUCACCCAAUCAACAUGCGAGCUGUUCUUUCUAAACUCCCAUAUAAGCUUAGAGAAAACUGGAGAGCUAAAGCUUGUAACAUACAAGAUGGAAACAACAGAAGAGUUAAGUUUGAAGAUCUAGUGAAGUUUGUCGACCAUCAUGCUAGAAUCCUUUCUCAUCCAGUGUUCGGAAACUUAAAGGAAAUUCCAAAUACAUCAGCAAAGACAAGCUACACAUUCGUUCCUGCUACUCCCAGCGCAAGGUUCAAACCGAGAUCUCCAGAGUUAUAUAAAAGUGGUUUUGCCACUAGUGUAUCCCCAUUACCUCAGAAAGAAAACUGUAACCGACACAGUGACACAUCCCAAUCAAACCGAUGCAUCUACUGUAAAGGAGAACACCAUCUUUCUGCUUGCAAUCAGAUUCUCAAAAACACCCACAAAGAGAAGUUGGAAUUCCUCAGAAGCAAAGGACUUUGCUUUGGAUGUUUAGAAAAGGGCCACAUGAGUAAAGGAUGCAAACAAAGACAUACCUGCAAAGAGUGCAAUCUCACACACCCCACUCUGUUGCAUUUCAGUAAUAUCGAGUCGGGCAAAGGAAAGGUAAAGACUGUUGCAAAUGCUUUAGUGGAUAUGGAUAAAGAUGAUUCACGGGAGGAGGAUAUUGGGGCCGGUGAGCCUGAAGGCACCCUGGCUAUCGUUCCUGUGAAGGUGAAAACAAAACAGGGUAAUACCAUCAUAACAACAUACGCCUUUCUGGACCCAGGUAGUACGGCUACCUUUUGCACAGAGUCCAUUCUACAGCAGCUUCAAGUGACUGGACGCAACACGAAGAUACUCUUACGAACAAUGAAGGAGUCAGUUAAAACAUCUGUUGCAUGUGACCUUGAAAUAUGUGGUCUAGAAAGUAACCAGUAUGUAGCACUUCCACCUGUUUAUUCACAAAACAAAAUACCAGUACGAAAGGCAAAUAUUCCCUCUCAGGAGGAUGUGGGACAAUGGGAAUACCUGAAAGAGGUCAAUAUACCACAAAUUGAUGCAGAGGUUGGCUUGCUAAUUGGGUGCAACGUGCCAAAAGCUCUAGAGCCAUGCAAAGUCAUAAACAGCCAAGGGAAUGGCCCGUACGCUGUUAAGACCAUUUUAGGUUGGACAAUAAAUGGACCUCUAGGAAGGUCAGAUACGACUCGUUGGAUUAAGCCAGUCGUUACAGCAAACAGAAUUUCUGUUGUGGAAAUCGAGGAAUUGUUGAAGCAGCAAGUGAAGCUGGACUUUCCAGAACAUCAACACAAGGAGCGUCUGGAAAUGUCAAGAGAGGAUCACAAGUUCAUGGAAAGUGUCUCUAAUUCUGUCAAGUUAGUAGACGGACACUACAGUAUUGGACUGCCAUUAAAGGAAAAAGGACUUGAUUUUCCCAAUAAUAGACGUGUUGCUGAACAAAAAGACAAGGCAAAUCAAAGCAAAAGGAGCUGGUAUAUUCCACACCACGGCGUGUACCAUCCAAAAAAGCGUAAACUGAGGGUGGUUUUUGAUUGCGGUGCAACUUACCAGGGCACAUCUCUGAAUGCACGUCUUCUCCAAGGCCCAGAUUUAACCAACAGUCUUAUUGGUGUCCUUACAAGAUUCCGGCAGAAGAACAUUGCAUUCAUGGCAGAUAUUGAAGCCAUGUUCCAUCAGGUCAAGGUGCCAGAGGAAGACUCAGAUCUUCUCACAUUCUUGUGGUGGCCCGAUGGAGAUCUCAGUAGUGAGCUAGAAGAGUACCAAAUGGUUGUACACAUCUUUGGAGCAACAUCCUCGCCUAGUUGUGCCAACUUUGCCCUACAACAGUGUGCAAGAGACAAUGUGGAUGACUUUAGCCCAGAGGCUGUCUCUUCGAUGCUAAGAAAUGUUUAUGUGGACGAUUGCCUAAAAUCAAUGGAAGACGAGAGGAAGGCAGUGAUAAUCGCUCACGAACUUAAAACCCUGUGCAGUAAGGGUGGUUUCAAGUUAAACAAAUGGGUAAGCAACAGCAGAGCUCUACUACAAACAAUACCAGAGGAAAGUAGAUCAAAGGAAAUCAAGGAUCUGGAUCUGGAUAAAAGUACCCUACCUGUUGAAAGAGCUCUCGGAGUUCAGUGGUGCACGGAAACGGACUCAUUCCAUUUCAAAUUUACUCCUCAGGAUAAACCACUUACCAGGAGAGGUAUUCUGUCAGUAGUGAGCUCUAUAUUUGAUCCGCUGGGUAUGUUGUCCCCUGUGAUCCUCCCUGCAAAGCAAAUCUUGCAAACAUUAACAGGAAUAAGGCUAGGAUGGGACGAAAAUAUUCCUGAAGAAUGUAAGGAACAGUGGUUGAGCUGGCUACACCACUUGCAAUUACUGAGAGACUUCAAAGUCAAAAGAUGCAUCACACCACUCAACUUUGGAGAUCCAGUCUCAGCUCAGCUUCAUCACUUUGGAGAUGCUAGUGAAAGUGGUUACGGAACAGUAUCUUACCUUCGCCUGAUGAACAAAGCAAACGCAGUUUAUUGUUCCUUUAUCAUGGGUAAGGCCAGAGUAGUUCCACUCAAACCUGUGACCAUCCCAAGAAUGGAGCUUACCGCUGCCACUGUAGCCGUCCGGAUGGACCGAAUGUUACAGGAAGAGUUGGAGCUUAAACUCCAGCCAUCCGUGUUUUGGACUGACAGCACGUCUGUGUUGAAGUACAUACAAAAUGAAACUACAAGAUUCCACACCUUCGUCGCCAACAGAGUCGCAGUCAUUCGAUCUGCUUCAGAGACUUCCCAAUGGAGGUAUGUUAAUGGUUGCCUGAAUCCAGCUGACUGUGUAUCAAGGGGAAUCUCUGUAAGUCGCUUUCUGAGAGAUGAAACCUGGUUAAGGGGACCAGAGUUCCUUAGUCUCCCUGAGCAUCAGUGGCCUAAAUCUCCAGAUUUGACUCUAACAGCCAGCGACCCUGAAGUCAAAGUUUUUGCCGUAAGUCUCAACCCCAUGGAAGAAAGCAGUCCGCUUCAUUUAAGGAUGAGAUAA